AUGAUUUGGAUUGUACAUUUACUAGUUUUAUCUCUUUUCGGCUUGGGUCUGGCAGAUGACUGUAUAAUAGACUAUAGAUCUCGUGAAAAUUCAUGGGAACAACAACUCCAAAAGGAUUUAUCAUGCAACUACGACACCGCUAAGUCACCGGACGGCAAUAACACCGAAGUAGAAGUCGAGUUCAUCAUGAAGUCUUUUAGUUUCGACUCUAAAGAGGAAACGUUUAAGGUCUACAGUUGGAUGUUUAUAAGUUGGAAAGACGAAAGACUGAAAUGGAACGAAAGUAACUACGACCAGAUCACGGAGUCCAUCGUGUCGAGCGGCUCAAUUUGGUCUCCUGGUUUAAGAUUGCUUAACGAAGUCGAUUGGGAAGAGUUCGACCACUACUACGGAUUAUGCACUAUUAGAAAUAUGGGAUACGUAUACUGUUUUCCGAAAGUGGUCCACGAAACUAUAUGCAACACUAGAUUAGUUAACUGGCCUUUUGAUAUCCAAAAGUGUACCCUUAAGUUUGGUGCUUGGACUAGACGUGACAAAAUCAAAUUCGCCUUCAGACCUGGAAACGCCAUGACAAUAAUGGGAGCAGAAUAUGGCACUGGUUGGACUAUUAUAAAUUACCAACAGGAAGAACAUGAGGAUGAAGAUACGCAACUGAGACUUACGUUCUUCUUGGAGAGGCAAGCGGCAGGACUGACCGCUAUCGUAGUUAUACCAACUAUUCUGUUAUCUGUGCUUACUCUGUCACUGUUGCUGUUGGAAGUGAGGGAUAAUAUAAGAUUGGGUAUAGCCACUUUCAGUUUGUUAUGCCAUUUCUAUUACUUAUCAACGAUUAACGAAUACAUCCCUAAGCACAGUAUGGACACACCUUCAAUUUUGUUAUACGUCCGCGGUUCAGUAUUAGUGACAAUGAUGGUUUUAAUACUGACCUCCCUUUUGAGUUAUUUGCAAAGUAAGAAAGCCGUGCCUCCAAUGUGGGUUGUUUCAACCAACAAUUCAGUGUUGCAAAGCCAUGCAAAAUUCUUUAUAGUACCACGUUGGGAAGUUGAUCUAUCAGGAAUUGUUAUUUCUGAUGAUGUAGAAAGAAACAAAGUUGAAGUUUGGAACGAUUUUGCGAAUAUAAUUAACAGUGUUUGUUGUAUAUUAUUUGUUGUUGUUUACGUUAUUUUUAUAUCUAUGCAUAUGCCACGAUCGGUUACGAUGAAUCGUAUCUCUUUCGCAAACCAAAGUUCAUCUUUUCAGGAUCUUUAUUAAAUAAAUAUAAUAUUUGUAAGUAACUUUAAUAUUACCAAAUUCAUUAUUAUUAUAAUCAAUAUUGCCGACAUCAGUGCGUAUAGAUUUAUGUUUUUUUUUAUUAAUAAUGAGAUUGCGCUUGGUCGUACCUCAUCUGAUGGUAAAUGAUGGCAAAACCUAGGAUGUAGCGCGCUUACCCAGAAGAUUUAUUAUGUCAAAAUUUGUUACUAUGUUUAAGGUAGUUUUAAAUGUUUGUUUAUCUACAAAAUUUGAAUGACUAAAACAAUUGAUUGAUUUCUAUCUAAUAGUUUGUAAUAAGCUAGAAAUGAUAAAA